AUGCAACUUAGAUGUCCAAAGUGUUUCAAUCAUAAUAAUCCGGAAAAUAGUUUAAAAAUUCCAAUUUCUAAUUUUGAAUCACAUUUUUCAUUAUAUCAUUAUAAUUUUGAACAAUUGAAGCAUUUUUUAACGGAUACAAUAGCACCGUUGAAAUCACAAGAAACUAUUAAUGCUAAAUGCGGUUUGUUAGAAAUAUCCUGUGAAAAUAUAAUAAAAGAUGAUAAGAAAUCGAUACAAAACUUAGACAUUACUGAUGAGAAUGAAAUUAUUGUGCCAAAAGAUGAUAUAAAUAAUGAAUCUAUAAGAAAAGACAGAAAAUUUUUUUACUAA